ACAGAUGCAAGAGUAUACUGGCCCGGACAAGGGUGUCUAGUCGCCCACUGCAACGACAAGAAGAAAAAAUAGAAACAGACCGUCAAGAGCGAUGAGAUUUUUUUGAUUGAAAGUCAGAUGGAAAAUGACAAUCAUUGAGAGGUUACCAUUCACCGGGAUAGCCUGCUUACCUAUCUAGGUAGGGAGAGUCAAUUGCAUCUGGCAGAAAGUCCAAGUGCAUUCGGUCCAGAACCUAGAGCAGAGUAGAUGCAUGGUCGUGGCGGAAUGAAAGAGAAAAUAUAUCAUAUAGUGCAUUUGAGACUUGGGACAAGAAGUGCCUCCGCCACAAUCGAAGCAAGAAAAAGAAAUCAGUCGUCCAUUUUCGCAGCGCCUAAGGUUCUUCUUAAAUGCUUCCUACUUCUACUAAGAACUCAAUCUCUCCGUUCAGCUAUGGGACGCCCCGAGGAUUAUGUGCAAGAUGGCUAUUUUCUCAGCCUCUCAUACAAACGUCCGAAUCGGCAUGCGGCACGAGCUGUAUUGAAUAAGCUUGUCGCGUCAGAUUGUGACAUUCAACAAAAAUCGCCAUUGUUUCGUCUACGACCAUCGGAGGUUCGUGGUGUGAUAUUCAGUCUCGUCUUCCAACCUACAGUGCAUCAAGCAACGGCAGAAGCUACAAAAGCCAGUCUCGAAGGGGUGUUCAAGAGAGAGCUACAAGGCAAUCGGGUCGAACGCACUCAUGCCACAGUGGACACAGCUUUGUUUUCGCGUGUCGAUUGAUCUACUUAGAGACAAGAUUUAUUGCCGUUCGCAAGUCAAUUCAUGACUUCUAUGCUCACCGAUGGGCCAGGUUUGGAGGGGUGCAUUC